AUGAGUAACACAGAUUUCCUCGGCCGGGCGAUCGAGGUCGUGAAUAAAGCCAUCGAGAAUGACACUGCAGGCGAAUAUGAGAAGGCGUACCAGCUAUACUAUCAGGCCUUGGAGUUGUUUAUGUUGGCAUUAAAAUGGGAGAAGAAUGUCAAGUCGAAGGAGACGAUAAGGGCCGCGGCAGGUGGAUAUAUGGAGAGGGCGGAGAAGCUGAAGACGCAUCUGGCGGAGGGCGACAAGAGCAAUAAGAAAAAACCGGCAGCGGUGGGGAGUAACGGGAAGGUAUCAGGAAGUGGGGGAAAAGGGAAGGACGAUGAUGACGAUGACGGAGAUCCCGAGGCCAAGAAGUUACGAGGGGCACUCGCAGGGGCUAUAUUGACUGACAAGCCGAACAUCAAGUGGGAAGAUGUGGCAGGUCUGGAGCAGGCAAAAGAAGCGCUGAAAGAGGCCGUCAUUCUGCCCAUAAAGUUUCCACAUCUGUUUGUCGGCAAGCGCCAGCCUUGGAAGGGCAUAUUACUCUACGGGCCACCAGGGACUGGUAAAUCAUAUCUGGCGAAAGCAGUGGCUACAGAGGCAAAUAGUACCUUCUUCAGUGUGAGCAGUAGUGACCUUGUCUCAAAAUGGAUGGGUGAGAGCGAGAGAUUAGUGAAGCAACUUUUCAACAUGGCCCGCGAAAACAAACCCUCAAUCAUCUUCAUUGACGAAGUCGACGCCCUCUGCGGCCCCCGUGGUGAAGGCGAGUCCGAGGCCUCGCGACGCAUAAAAACCGAACUACUCGUCCAAAUGGACGGUGUGGGUCGGGACUCCAAGGGGGUUCUUAUCCUCGGUGCUACAAACAUCCCUUGGCAACUUGAUGGUGCGAUACGGCGGCGGUUCCAACGAAGAGUGCAUAUAAGUCUGCCAGAUCUGCCGGGAAGGAUGAGAAUGUUUGAGAUGAGCGUUGGCACCACGCCGUGCGAUCUGAAAUCGGAGGAUUUUAAGACGUUAGGGCAGCUGAGUGAGGGUUAUUCUGGUAGUGAUAUCAGUAUUGCAGUGCAGGAUGCCUUGAUGCAGCCUGUGAGGAAGAUUCAGACUGCUACGCAUUACAAGAAGGCCACGGUCGACGGAGUUGAGAAGCUAACGCCUUGCUCUCCUGGCGACGCCGGUGCCAUGGAGAUGUCAUGGACAGAAGUUGAAUCAGACAAGCUGCUCGAACCGCCACUUGUUCUAAAAGACUUUGUCAAGGCUGUCAAGGGAGCGAGGCCGACGGUCAGCGCGGAAGAUAUCAAGAGGAGCGCCGAGUGGACAGCAGAGUUUGGCAGCGAAGGGGCAUAA